AUGGCAACCACACCCUCGCGUGCCGAGGAGAAGGCCCGCAAGGUGCACUCCCUGCUGGCCAGCUAUUACAAUGUAGAGGAUGGAUCCGAAAAUCCGUCCUCGACAAAGCUAGGGGAGUCCGGACAGACUUCUCCCCGGACCCCAGACCCCAAAGCCUCCCUACAGCGCCUGCUCCGGUCCGCAAGACUCACAGACUUGGUAGCCCAGAGCUCUGGUCUGGCAGCAGAGGUGGGGUCCCUGGACUCCGACAUGCAGAUGCUGGUGUACGAGAACUACAACAAGUUCAUCAUCGCCACUGACACCAUGAGGGCCAUGGCUGGCUCGCUGGAUGGCAUGGACACCAAGCUCACCGGCCUCCAGUCGCUGCUGGGGGAUGUGAUGGAGCGCAGCGCGGACGUCAGUGGGCGGCUGGACAAGCGGCAGCAGCAGAUCGAGGAGCUGAGCGACACUCGCCUGCUACUCCGCCGCCUGCAGGCCGUGUAUGAGCUGCCCAAGAAGAUCCGAGCCGCCCUCGACUCGGGCAAGCUGGAGGUGGCGGUGGAUGCGCAUGCCGACGUUCUCCCCCUGCUCCGCGCCCACGGCCACAAGGGUGCCCUGCGCCGCGUAGCGGCCGAAAUCGAGGGGCUGGCGCGUGAGACGCUGGCCCUGGUGAAGUCGCGUAUGGCGGCCGACCCCGGCACCGCCUCUGACUGCAUCCAGGCCAUGGCGCGCAUGGGCCAACCCCCCGAGGAGCUGGAGGCCGCAUUCGUUGCCUGCAAGCGGGGGGUGCUGGAGCGCACGCUGGACAUCGCUGCGGCCCUGCUUUCCUCCCAGGCCGCCGCGGCCGGGCUGCAGGGCCCGUCGCCGGGGACAGGGGAGGAAGGAGGGCCCGGGCCUGAUCCACGCCGGGCCACGCAGGCCGCUGCUCCGGGCCUCGAGGCGGACCCGCCUACGUCUGGAGCGCGGUCACCUGCGGGGGAGGGCGGGGCGGCAGUAGAGGCGUGGGACCCGGCCGGCGGCGCCCCCUCCCUGCAGCAGUUCCUGGUGCAGCUGGACUCCCGCUUCCUCACCGAGCUGGCAGCGACCUGUGCUGAAUUCGGGAUUCUGUUCCGGGGCCGGGACACGGCGCCGCUGUUCAAGGUGCUGCGGGCGACGUUCUCGCGGUACCUGGCGCUGACGCGGCGGGCGCUGAGCGACGCCACGGCCCUCGUCGCGGCGCGCGGCGCGGGGAUCAGCGUGGCGGGCCGCCCCCUGGUGCCCACGGCAGAGCUGCUCGCCGCCCGGCCCGGCCCCGCCCAGGCCGCUGCGGCCGCCGUUGCAGGGGCCCAGUGGAGUGUGAUGGAGAUGGUUGGGGGCCUGUAUGUGGUGAAGAACGACAUCGCCCGGCUGGAAAGCGUGGCCCGGGAGCUGGGGCCCAAGGACAGAGCGUCCGAGCUGAUCGAGCAUGCCGUGCGGCAGCACCUGGGCCUGUGCUUCGCGGCCCUGGAGCGCAGGGCGCAGGCCGUGCUGGGGGAUGUGGGCGCCGCGCUGGCCGACGCAGGGGGCCAUGCAGAGCGCUGCGCGAUCUUAGGCCCGGCCAGCGAGCUCCUGCGCUUCCUCAUCCCCUCUGACCUCGCGCGCCUGCUCACCUGCGUGCAAGCCUACAAGGCGCAUGCAUGGGUGCUGGCUGGCUGGCGUGAGGUGUUCCUCGACAUGCUGGCGGGCCGGCUGCGCCACUGCCUGGCGUCCCUGGGCCGGGAGAUGGCGGCCAUGUGCCACCUGCCCACCGCAGACGCCAGCGGCGGGGAGAGCAGCCGCAGCCGCAGCCCCUCCCCGACCCGCGCGCUGCGUCUCGUCAGCACCGUGGACGGCGGUGGGGUGCCCUUUGCCGUGCCGAGGGCGGGCGCCAGCCUGGCAGGGGCGCUGUCCCCGCCGCCAGACAGCCUGCUCCUAUUGCUGGCCGGUGUGUGCGCGGCGCUGGCCGAGGGGGGGGAUGUGGUUGGCGUGCGGGCGCGGCUCAUGGAGGGAUACGUCCAGGCGCACGGCGCGCGGCUGGAGCUUGCGGCGCACAGCAUGACGGAGGCCGGCGGCUGGAGGACGGGGAAGGAGCCUCGCGGGCCGCGUGAGCUCUGCGUCCUGCUGCUCGAUACACUGGCCGAGGUGAGCGAGGAGGUGGCGGUGGUGACGGCCACCCAGCCGCUCCCCGCGAGCACGCCCUCCCACCGCGCCUCCCCCAGCGGGUCCAGCGCCUCUGGCGCGAUGGACACGGAAUCGAUGGGGGCGGCUGUGUCCCGCAUGUUUGCCUCUUCGCUGGAGCGUGGGCCGGGGGCCCCCGCUGGGAUCACGCCGCCCGCUGUCUGCGCGGCAGUCGCGGCGCGAGGCCUGGCGGCGAUGGCGGAGGCGCUGCAUGCGCACACGCUCGUGCGCCCCGCUUUCCAGCAGAUCCAGCUCGACGUGCACUUCCUGCGCGCACCCCUGCAAGGCUUUGUGGCGGGAAGCUAUGAGGAACCCGCCGUGCUGCAGGUGGGUGGGCGCCAGUCCUUCGUGUGCCCUCAAAUGCGCCACGGGAGUGCAAAGUGCCGUUGA